CAGUGUCGAAGCAGUGAACGGAUUACGCGUGGGACUGAACUAAUCCUAGCUUAGUAGGAGCCAAACAGAGCUAAAUGGCAAUUCGAAGCCUCGGGAGGCUCACAGGACUGGGUCGUGCAAUACUAUUUCUUUGUGCAGCGUCUGUACAUUGCAUCGAUAACUUUAAAACCAGAUCAUCCAUUCAAGACAGUGCUGACCGCUGGAAGGGAAAUGAGGUUCCGACCUCCGGGUCCAGCUUGUGGACACCCGAAUACUAUGAUGGUCCAGAUGCAUACAAAAAAGAUUUCAUAACAUCAAACUACGAUGAUAAAUACUCGAACAAUAGCCCAUUUUACCCCAGUAAAACACGACCCGGCUUCUCACCAUUUAGUAGCGGGAGCGUCUACCCUUCGAAUGGGUACCACGAUCGGAAGCCUGUUUAUGGUCUCGCACGUCCAAUCGAUUACGGAGUGCACGAUUACGAAAGUUCGUACGAUUAUGGGCACGGCGGAUACGGCUUGAACAACCCAUACGGAUCCAAGGACCUCACAAAAACGAUAUGGAUUCCUUUGGCUGGUGCGGCUUUACUGGGGAUUGCAGCUGCGCUGGUCGCUAAUCCAGUAUUGCUACAUCUUGGCGUUAGUGCGGGGAAGCGAAAACGUAGAGAUGCUACAAUGAAUGCGCAUCGCUUAGCGUAUCGUGCUCAAUCCUGGAAGGGCAGCAUAAAGAAAAACUGAUCGAAUUAGUUAUUUGUAUCUCUUGAUCCCCUUGUAGUGUCAAGUUUCGAAUGUAACGUGCAAUUAUGGUUUAGUAAAACAGUACAGAAUACCCACAA